AUCAUGGCCAGGAUAGGUCUUUUCUCCAAAACGUGUUUCUGCUUCGGUUUCCUCGCUCUUUUCUAUUUUGGUUCCCGGCGUCAUGUGAUCGGCCGGCCAGCGAGAGCCCCGCAGAGGGAAUGGCAGCAGCCUGCUGGCAGCAAUGUGGACUGCCAGCUGCUGAUCUCGCUGUUGACAGUAAAAGCAGAUAUGUUCCUUGCUCACUGCCAUUAGUACUGACCAUGACCCUUCACACCAAAACCUCUGGAGUUACCCUGCUGCACCAGAUUCAAGGCACUGAACUGGAGACACUGAGCAGACCUCAGCUGAAGAUUCCCCUGGAAAGAUCGCUCAGCGACAUGUACGUGGAGACCAACAAGACAGGAGUUUUUAACUACCCAGAAGGAGCCACCUAUGAUUUUGGUACUGCGGCUCCCGUCUACAGCUCUACUACGCUCAGUUAUGCCCCUUCUUCUGAAUCUUUUGGGUCCAGCAGUCUGGCAGGAUUUCACUCACUGAACAGUGUCCCACCGAGCCCGGUGGUGUUCUUGCAAACGGCACCCCAGCUCUCACCCUUCAUCCAUCAUCACAGCCAACAGGUACCCUAUUACCUUGAAAACGAUCAGGGCAGCUUCGGGAUGAGGGAAGCUGCUCCUCCAGCCUUCUACAGGCCCAGCUCUGAUAACAGGCGCCACGGCAUCCGGGAGAGGAUGUCCAGUACCACGGAGAAGGGGAGCCUGUCCAUGGAGUCCACCAAGGAAACCCGGUACUGCGCCGUCUGCAACGACUACGCCUCUGGCUACCACUACGGGGUCUGGUCCUGCGAGGGCUGCAAAGCCUUCUUCAAAAGGAGUAUUCAAGGGCACAAUGACUACAUGUGUCCUGCUACAAACCAGUGCACCAUUGACAAGAACAGAAGGAAGAGCUGCCAGGCCUGCCGACUGAGAAAAUGCUAUGAAGUGGGAAUGAUGAAAGGUGGAAUCCGGAAAGACCGCAGAGGUGGGCGAGUGAUGAAACAAAAACGCCAAAGAGAGGAGCAGGAUUCCAAAAAUGGGGAGGCUUCUUCAACAGAGCUGCGAGCUCCCACCCUUUGGACAAGUCCACUGGUGGUUAAACAUAACAAGAAGAACAGCCCAGCCCUGUCCCUGACGGCAGAACAGAUGGUCAGUGCCUUGCUGGAAGCUGAGCCACCCCUAGUUUAUUCUGAAUAUGACCCAAACAGACCAUUCAAUGAAGCUUCUAUGAUGACCCUGUUGACCAACCUUGCAGACAGAGAAUUAGUGCACAUGAUCAACUGGGCAAAGAGAGUUCCAGGAUUUGUGGAUUUAACACUCCAUGAUCAGGUCCAUCUACUGGAAUGUGCCUGGUUAGAGAUACUGAUGAUCGGCUUAGUCUGGCGCUCCAUGGAACACCCAGGAAAGCUUUUGUUUGCACCUAACCUGUUACUGGACAGGAAUCAAGGGAAAUGUGUAGAGGGCAUGGUGGAAAUCUUUGACAUGCUGCUGGCUACUGCUGCUCGGUUUCGCAUGAUGAACCUCCAAGGGGAGGAAUUCGUGUGCCUUAAGUCCAUCAUCCUGCUCAAUUCUGGUGUGUACACAUUUCUUUCCAGCACCUUGAAAUCUCUGGAAGAGAAAGACUAUAUUCACCGUGUCCUGGACAAAAUCAUAGACACUCUGAUACACUUAAUGGCCAAGUCAGGUCUUUCUCUGCAGCAGCAACACAGACGACUGGCUCAGCUCCUCCUCAUCCUCUCUCACAUCAGACACAUGAGCAACAAAGGAAUGGAGCACCUGUACAAUAUGAAGUGUAAGAACGUAGUUCCACUCUACGAUCUCUUGCUGGAGAUGCUGGACGCUCACCGACUGCACGCCCCAGCAGCCAGGAGUGCUGCACCCAUGGAAGAGGAAAACCGAAGCCAGCUGACAACCGCAUCAGCUUCAUCUCAUUCCUUGCAGUCGUUUUAUGUAAACAGCAAAGAAGAGGAGAAUGCAGAAUACAAUAUAAACAGAAGUCAGCAUAUACAGUGGUAUGAGAAACCCAGCAGUGUUCUACCUAGCUCAUGCUUCAUUUCGCCUUUGAAAACACUCCAGUGACAACAGACACCAGCAUUUUCCAUAUGAGUGUUUGUCAAGUGCUUGCCUAAAUUGAUUGCUUAUCCUAAAUGGAAGACAUUUCAUUGCCAUGGAUAGCCAGCAAGGAUUGUCUGGCUAACCUGAUUAAAAAUUUGCAGUGUUUUUAUUUAAUUUUGCAUGUUAUUUGGGUAACUAAGUCCUAAUCUAAACCAUUCAUUCAUUUUACCAUAAAUCAAUAGGCCAUACCACCCAUGCAUAUUGGUAUCUUCAUGAGUAGUAGUCUUUGUUAAUACCCACCCAAAAUCCUGAGCUCGCUUAAUCCUUUACUUGCUUGAAACUUCGAAGCAGUUUGGUAGAGAUUCUGGAUGACUUCUUUGGCAGUGGAAACAGAAAGUUGGCUGGCAUCUUAGUGUGCCAUAGGGAAGCUGCACUGCGAGGGACUGCCGUGGUAGUUUAGUUAGAUUCCUGCCACUUUUCUUCCUACGGUGUAAAGGAACUGAGGAUUAUUUUACCUCGCUGGCUUACAUCACCAGACAACUCUCUCUCAAGCUCAUUCUGACCAAACUUUUAGGUACCCUUACCAUAUCCUCUAGAUGAAUUGCUUUGCAUGCAUGCUGUCUUGUCUGAUCCUAGAAAGCUAAAUUGUUUUGUUGCCCAAGACUGUAAAUCCACGGCAACAUGGAAAACAGAGAUUACAUAGAGAAUUACUCUUGAAUCAGACCAGAUGAUUACAAAAAUCAUCAGGUCUUAAAAAAAGGUCUACACACACAUACAGGAUCCAGCACUAUUUACAAGAAGUCCCUCCCCCUAUCCUGUGCUUUGUUGCUUUGUGCUGUCACAAAGCAAGGGGUGAGGAUGCCAGUGUGAGACUGGCACAGAAGGGUAGGAUGGUCCCAUCCCACUCAGCAGAGUGUGGUCUAGCUGCGUGUGGGAGAGCUAGUAUCACAGUCAGAGCAGCAGGUUUUUCUUGCCAUGGCUUUCUUUGGCUCUUGUUGUGGCAUGUUUCAGUAUCAAUUGAUACUACUAAUUUCAAUAAGAGCCAGCUCACCUGUGACACCAAAACUGGGCAGUGAGCCUCAGACAUGGUGUAGACUCUGGGACUGCAUGUCCAGAAAGAUAAAUCUUUCUCCAUGCAUGUCUGUAGCUCCUAAGGAUAUUCAUAAAGAUCACCUUGAUGCUUCAGACCAAUUGUAAAUAUACAAAAGGUUCACUGACAUCAAGAGUUUCAACAAGAAGUGAAAGAGACUGAAGAACUCCACAUGAUACACUAUCCAAAGUAGCAGUUGGUGCUGCUGUUUGACUGCCUCUAUGCUAGAAAAUUAAAUGUCAGGGAACUUUGCUGGGUACUGGAAAGAGAUUAUUACAUAUGCCAGGGAUAUUUUACUGAUCUAAUGAUAAACUUUGCCUGUGCUAUCUGCACGUCUGGUUGACAGGUGCAGACUGGGAGUUAGCAUGGACCAGGGACUAUUCCAAUAGCUACUUGGAAGCAACCACCCUGCCAGUGAGGGUAUUUCCUAGCACGUGUGUAGGCUGCUCCACAGCAGCUGGCCACAGUGCUAGUGAAAUGGUUUAGGGAUGUUUUUACUAUAGUUGAAACCUUUAUGUUGAUUGGAAUAUCCUGUAGAAAUUAAAUAUAGGAAAGAGCGCAAGUAAUGCCACACAGGAGUGCCUAUGUCUAAUUAUGCUCCCUGUCACACAGGCAGAGCCUGUGUGCAGUGAGAUUAAGUUUUCACAGCAGUUGUGAAGGCAGCAAGGCAUAGGACAGGUUUGUGCUUCAAGUCAAGAAUUCAAUUCUUUACAUAUGGUGGAAUGUACAUAAUGGUGUCUAUAAUAGUUUCAUAUCUGUACAUAUCUGAGGAUAUGAGCAGUUUGAAAGCCUAAAGCUACAUGCUACCAAUGUUUGAGAAGAUUCCUCGAAAACUGUGCAAGCCUAAACAUGUGAAGCAGUCACCGUAAGUUCAUAGGCCUUUUCUUGAUGCAUAUUAUGGUGUCAUUUUUUUCUGAAUGUGCUGAAGAUUUUGUCUUUUUGUGUGUUCAGUAAAAGCAUGUGUGUGUAUGUGUGUGUCUGUGUGUGUGCAUGAGCACUAAUUUGGUACCUAAGGGCUUUUUGAGGGCUCCUAAAUGUCAUGAAAGAAAAUGGACAUUUUAGGAUUUUUAGAAGCUCGUUUUCAGAUGUGUUAGAAAAACCAUGAGUUUACUGAAACGAGUGCAGGCUAAGAUCUGAAUGGAGCACAGGAAUCCCUGCAGUUAAUUCACAUGUUUACAUCAUUGUCAUCAUUCACCUGUAGCCCAGUGUGCACUAGAGCUGCUCUUUAAAUAUUCUACAUGCAACUUGGUGUUCUCUAGGAUAGAACACACAGAUCAAGCUCAUAAGCUGGAAGGCAAAUUGGUUUAAACGAAUGCCUCCCUUCCUACAUCCCAGAAUAGAUCAUUACAUCCAUUCAAGUGUAGAUUUGACCUGGAGGAUAAAAGGUAGUUCAUGGAGAACAAUUCACAACAGAGGGUCGGAUUUGGAUGGUACCUAUAUAGGGCAAGAACCUUUACACAAGAGAUUUUCCCAGUGAAGAUGGAAAAGUACCAUUUGAAGUAGUAUGCAGCAGUCAGAAGGGUAUCAUAAUGUGUCUUGGGAUAUACAAAAUGAUAUCAGCUCACAAUAAUUAUGAAUGUUUUCCUGGGCUCAGCCCUUGCAAGGAAGCAAUUUGGCUUUCAACCAGUCCUCCCAUGUUUGUGGUAACAACAGUGAAGGGCAAGCUAGAAAGAACCAGAGUGAUUCCCAGUAGUAUAUUAAUUUACCUCGGGGCAGAUUUAGGAUCCAUGUCAUUAACUUUUUAAUGAGAUUUUAACUGAAGCAGCACCUUAAUGAAUAUAAUAACAUUCCCAGAGUUACCUAUAAAGAUGCCCCCCAUAUCAGACAGCUGAAUGUAGCUAUUCAAAUGAUUAAAUCAAGUCUAUGAUACAAAAAUGGUAACUUUUUUCAUAUGUAAUUCUGAAUGAUGCUCUCAUGUAUGCAAACAAUUGUGCCUGAAAUUUGGUAAUUGUUAUUUCACAAUAUAUAUUUUAUGUGUGUAUAUAUAUAUAUAUACAUAUAUACUUUAUAUUUGCAGCUGACAAACCAGUACUACCUGAAUACCUGGUGCUGGAUAUUACAUAAAAAUAUAUAGCAUGUAAAAAGAAAUUGAAAGAAAACUUUUCAAGGCAGCUAAUUAUGCUUUUACCAAAACAUUCAUAAUGAUGUCUCUGGACAGCUAACAAAAUAAUUAUUUUGUAACGUUUAUAUAUGGAUUUUUUUAAAAAAACAAAAACAUCAAAAAACAAAAAACCCUCUAGAAACAUAGGCAAUGUAAUACCAGCACAAGGCAAACAUAAAUAGACCAGAUGAAUUUGCUUUGCUUGAGAACACGGUUGUUAGUGAAGUAUUGCAAAAAGCUUGGGAAGUAGAAGAGGACAUAGGGAGAUGUGUAGCACUUAGUGGUGUCAGAAUAUGUGGUGUUUGAAUAUGUGAAAGCUACUCUGGUUUAUAGUGGUUUGAGCCACAUCUCAAUGUUGCAGACUUUGUCUCAGGUAAAACUCCCAGUUGGGGUAGUAAGAUUUGUACUCGGGUAAAAUAAUUUAACGCAAGUUUCUUGGUGUGCGUUGUGAUAAAUUUACUAUUACGCUUUAGUGACAUCACUUGAUGAUUUUUCUCCUCUACAUUGAGGGGUUUAAAAAUGUUAUUAAUUAAAUAAUCUGAACUGAGCUCCCAAGGAUAUUGAAAGGACUGUCAGCAGAUCACUGGACCUUGAAUUGAAAAAAAGCAAACAAAAAAACCCCAAACCAUCCCCUUCAUACGAGCCAGGAUUUGUACUGGAGCCUCCAUCAAUUUCAGUUUGAUGCCAACUGAUUCUUUAAGAGCUGUGCUAAAUGUUUAAAAACAAGCAAAUUACCAACAAAGUAAAAAUUCUGCCUCAGUAGGUCUUUAGUCUUAUUACAGGCUUAGGUAAGAACAUGGCAAGCCCCUCUUGUGUAUAUAAUUUCCUGCUUUAAAAUUGGAGUGCAACUCAAGCUGCAGAUAAUGGGAUUUUGUAUAUAAGGCAUUCUCAGCUGAACUUGUGUGAAGUGCAUUUCUUACUUUGAAUAAUGAGAUUAAUGUUUUCUAUGCUAUCUACAACCAUGAUAUGGCUUUACAGAUAGAAAGUCAACACAUGUCAUAGAAGGGUGUUGUUAACAAUUGUAUCAUAAUACAAACCAAUCUUUGCUCUCACCUGCAAGUGUAGCAUAAUCUCAAAUUGAUCUGAGAGUUUGAAAUUAAUGUUUUCCCAAUAUUAAUGUCCUACCCUUUCUACUCACAGUUCCCUUUCAUUCUUCAAAUGUGGAUGGCCUUAUAUCCUGAAAGUUGUUUUCAAAGUGAUGCCCAUAAAGGGUAUUUGGUUUUGCACUGUAUUAAAAAAAUAUAACAUUCUUCUGCAUUCAAAUGUGCCUAAAGAAAUAAAAAAAAAAUUAAAAAAAAAUUAUAUGCUGCCAUCUUGCAAAUUAGUAAAUUCUGUAAUCCUGUGUGCCUAUGAUUAGAAGUCUGUUUCUUCAGAAAGUGCCCAUUGAAAAAGGAAGGGAUAUACUGCUGGUCACAAGACUUGCAUUAUCAAGCCACUUUAUGUAUUACCUUAUUGUAUGUACUAUGAAACCAAUGCUUUUGUGUGCACUAUGUAGUCUGUCAAUGUAAAGUCCUUUCUUUGGUAUAGGCUCAGCUGUUAUAAUGUAUUUGUUGAAGUAUUCUGUUCUUUCACUGAUGCAUAUGAAAUUGAUGUCUUUGGUUUUGGUGAGGUAUAUUUUUCUUUGUUUUGCACCUAAAAAAAGUUCUAAAAAAGUCUAAAUAAAAAAAUCUGGUAGGCUACCUGAUUGGUGCAAGAUUUUUAUCAGUGUAUUUGAUGUUGAAAAUAAAGAAUUAAUCAGAACGCAUUGUUUAACUUUGUUAUAUUUUGCAUGUUUUUAAAAGAUGCUUCUCUGCUUAUUGUUUUUCAGUGGACAGCAAAAAUCAGGAUGUGUCUUUUUCUGUGCAUCUAAAUGAAAGUGGAAACCAUUUCUUAGUUUCUUUACUUUCCCUGAAAAGGAUCAGAGACUCCAUAUCUAGAGUCAACAACAAGCUAGGUAUAGUCUCUAGUAAUCCAAAUGACACCAGGGAAGUUAGCUAAGUACCCAGUACUUGAUGUACUUUAAUGUCCUUAGUAUUUUGCUUCACAUUCCUUAUUUUGGCUUGUGAAAUACAUUAUGGCAGAAGAGACAGAUUGCGUGAAUUUAGCCCUCUACAGUUGGCUGCCACUCACCAUGGGCUAGCUUAUAUGAAGGAAGAUAGUACUCCUUUUCUGAGUGAAACUAGUCCUCAGGAAAAAAAAAUUGUCUUGACUAAGCCAUCAGGAAGGGAUGAAAAGAAAUGAAUGAAACUUUUAUUAAUGUAGGACCACUUUGAACUCAAUUCUGUUCUCUAAAAUAAUCUCAAAAUCAUAUUUGGUGUUUGCAAAGAAUCAAACCAGUAAUUUGUAGCAUUUGCAUACAUACUAAUGUAUUUCAGUACUUGUAGUAUGUAUAUUUAUCAGUAACAUGAAGAGAAUAUGGUCUCUAUAUUGAUUAUUUUUUAAUCUAUUUUCUGUGCCAUGCUGGUUCAACAUAAGACUAUUGGUUCAUAGGUUCUUCUCUUAUAAGAAUAUAUAAGGAAAAUGUGUUUGUUUUAUGGGAUGUUUCAUUGUACUUAAAAGGAAAAAAUUGUAAGAUGCUUACCUCAAUUUUAAGUAUUAUCUCAGUGAUGAAGACAAGAUAGGCAAUAUGCUUCGUUCAUGUGAAACCUCACCUUAUAGCUUGUCAAGUAUGAAAGAAAAAUAACCUAUAAAGACUCUAAAAGAAUGUUAGGAACUGUUGGGAUUUUUAAGUACUGAGUAGAACUGAACAAUGGUUCCAAAUCAUGUAAUUAUUUUGCAAUACACUACCAAAGCAAAGAAUUUGACCACAAGUUGCUUCUUUGGCCACAAAGGGUGGGUCAGAGCAAUAGGAACUAAUUACAAAUGUAUAUGUGCUCAAAAUAAUAGAGCAAUUUUCAAUGCUGAUUCAAAACAUGACACCAUUUCAUGGCUUUUUAACCACAGGAACAAAUGAGCACUUACAGUUCAUGGAGAAAUGGUUUAAGAAGACAGUUGCUCCAUAAUACUGAACUUAGAGACUUAAACUCAAAAGAACAGUUAGAUAGGAGAAUACUCCUGCAAAAUCAAGAAUAUGGCACUCCUAAAUGAAAAACUGCACAGAUAAAGUCUGAACAUACUUACCUCUGCAAAAAUUGUAACAAUUUGAAUGAGCAAAGGAUUGCACACGGCCUGGGAUUGCAUACUACCUGAGAUUAGGCAUUCUUCUGUCCAACUCUUUCUGCAGCAUGACACCAUAACACAGCAUCACAGUGCACAGAAACACAGCACCACAGAGCUGGGAAUGUGUCACUGGAGACUGCCUAGUCCAAUUCCUGGCUCAGAGCUGGAUCACCUAAAGAAGAUUGUUCAGGGCCACAAAAACAGAUAUUUCUACCUCUCUGGGUACCUCUCCCUUUUCCAGUGUUUGAUGGUCUUCACGUUAUAAAAUCUUUUGCCUGUGUUCAGGUGGAAUUUCAUGUGAUUUAAUUUCUACCCAUUGCCUUCUGUCACUGGGAACAACUGAAAAGAGUCUGUCUCCCUCAUCUUCAUUCCCUCCCAUGAUGUGUCUUUUGUGAUGGGAGAAGGUGGAUGAGAUGUCACCUUGCUCAGACACCCAGAACCCACCAGGAAGAAUGCCUCUACAGCCAGGCAUUGGGCACAUUUCAAUGGUCAGGAGCCACCUGGGACUCCAGCUUCAUUCCCAAUUUCUUAUUUCUGUUGGGUGAAGAAGUUUGAGAAAUGAUGCAGGAAGGACAUGACUUUCUAUUUAAUUGCAGAGCUUUUGCAGCUGAAACUCCUGAGCCCAUCACCCUCACUCCCCUCACACCACACAUAACACCUUACGGAGCAGCUCCCCCAGGGGAUGCACACAGCUGGAUGCAUUGGCAUCCCCCACACCCCUCAUUUCUCUCUUUGCUAACAUGUAAGUGAUGCCUGUCUUGUUCCAGCGUAUUUUAUUUAACUAAUUAGAAAGGUAUGACAUAGUUAUGGCAUAAUUGAAGAACAUAUUUGACAACUUUUCUUUCCUGUUAAUUCAGGCAAUCCUCAUAAUGCAAUGAUAACAGCUUCUUCAUGGGCUAAAGCCUCAGUGUUCUCAGAGUGGGGCACCCUCCCUCAUUAAAAGCCUUUUGGCCAUGCUUAUUCCUCAAAAUUAAAUGAUGGACUUUUAAUUUUUUUUUUCCUAUCCAGAAACUGCAACAUUAAAAGCCCCAUGAAGCAGCUGUUUCUAUGGCUGGAAAUGUUUUACCUCUCCUUCCUCUGCAUUACACUGCUUGUCUCCACCACCUACACAGUGAAGAGGAGAGGAAAAUCUAAACAUAUAAACCAGCACUCAUCAGAGUGCUCACAUAAAAAGAAUCCCCAUGGAAGGGCACUGCGUACGUGUUUCUUCUUAUGCCCAGCCAGGCUCCAAUUAUUACCAUUCACCACAGCAUCCUGCAGACACAGAUGCUCAAGUGUAAAAAUGGUCAUGAAGUCUUCAGGAAAAUUGACCAUCAAAAUAAUAACAUUUGGCACUUAUCUCAGCAGGAACAAGGCUAACUAGCUCUCAUGUCCCUUUAAGAACUUUGUGCUGCAGUAUUUAGGUGUCAUUCUGCUAAAUGUCUUCAUUUCUGCAGGCAUACAGGUGAUAUGGAAUUUAUCUCCUGCUGUCUUCCAUUCCUACACACUUGUGUACAACCUCAGAAAGUCAAAUUUUAAACAGAUGAAAAAUGUGCAUGUGAGGAAAGGAUGCGUUUUCAGGCAUUUUUUAGCCAGAUUUUGCAACAUUUUGGGAUCAAGGUAUUUAGCUUCUCUACAGAUAAAGACUGAACGCUACUCUCUAAGACAAAAAAGAAUCUGACAAGAAGCAAAUCUAUUUUUCACUCACCUCUUCAGAACUUAUGUCAUCUAUGGAAAGAUGAAAAAGUAUGUUACACCCUAGAGAUGAGCAAAAAGUGCAGUCCAUUUUGUGGUGAGAGUCAGGGCACAUAAAAGCUUGAAAGUUUAGGCAUUCACGUGAAAGCUGAAAAGAUUGAAUUCCAGUCUGUCCUUACAGGAUUAAUUUUUGCUUACAUUAAAUCUGAAAUCAAAAAAAGAAACUACAGCUCAGAAAUGUCUUCUUUGUUUCUAUCUAAUCUAUCUAUCUAUCUAUCUAUCUAUCUAUCUAUCUAUCUAUCUAUCCCAAAAUGUUAGAGCACCAUGCUUUCUUCCAGGACUUUUUGCUUGUACUUCCCUUGCCCCCUUAGUCUGCAUACCUGCCUGCACCAUGCUUCAAGUUAAGCAAAGGAGUAAAAAUCUCAACCCUAUAAUUUAACCUGCAGCUCCAUGGCCAGGAGAGCUUCCCAUACAAUUUCUGAAUUGUAUGUAAAGAAAACACUACAGCCAUGAAUGUCCCACCUCUUGGAUAGCCUUGUGAGCACUUGCAUAGAAAAAAGUGGACUCUGGUAGGUUUAAUUCCAGCUGUUUUUAAAACAUCCUUUUUAAAAACAAAGGAAUGGAAAAACCCACAAUUACAACAUCCAUAAUAGCAGUCUUCCAGGAAUUACAACAUGCCAGAAAACAAAAAAAAAAACCAACCUGGCCUGAGUAACCUGUGUGCAAACUACAUCCAAAUCUGCAUGAUCUCUGACCAGAAGAGCUCUCUAGCUCUAGACCUCUCCCCUCUCACCAAAGACACCUUUGAUACAAGAAAUGGACAGUACUUUCCUAAAGCAUCCUGUCUUUCCGAAAAGUGAAAUGUGCCACUGUUAUUCAGACAUCACUGUGAUCAAAUCCAUUUGCUGUAUCUCAGAUCUUUAAACAGAUUCUUACUCAAACAAAGCAGUUUUGACCAAUUAAUUUUUGGAAUGAUAUAUUAUGUGGCACCAAACAACAGAUGUUACAGCUUUCAUGUCCUAUAUUCUUUUAGAGGAAUCAUUUAACAAAAUUCAGAUUUCUGUCACUUAACCAGGUCUUAGUCUAUGACAAAUCUUCAGUGCUUCAGCUAGCAGUUAUUCAUUUCCUUUUAUCUUGUUUCACAGAUCUUUAUCUACUUCUUUCUGGGAAGACAAAUCAAUUCUCUUAAUAAUUCCUAUUUAUCUAUUUACUUAUUUAAUUAAUUUAUUGGGGAACAUUAUUAGAACAUUCUAAUGUUCUUAAUAUUGGUACCACAACACAAUUUCUCACAAAUACAGGUUUCAGCCUACGUCCCUCUGGGUCUAAUUACGGCCAAACAGGGCAACAACAAUAGAAUUCAGCUGGCUACAGUGCAUUUUACAACAUGAUGCCAAGGCUAAAACCACUCAGCCAGUACCCAGACAAAUUCCCUUAUGUGGGGAACUGUGUGCCUAUAAAUACACACAACCCAAAAGACCCCUCCCUGCAUUCUCCUUUCUCCCCUCAAUUUACACAAAUACUGCUUUAGAUGAAAUCUGCGUUUGACUGCUGCCAAUACCACCCUGCUUAAAUCAAAACUAACUAUUCUACCUUUUUCCUUUCCAUUGCUUUAAACACCAAAUGAAAUAUGGUAAGUGCCAAAAAGAGAAGAUCAAUGGUUUCUAUUGCUUUAGAAUCUACAUUUUUUCCCCUUGACUUGUUCUUAUGUCUCAGAAUCCUCCUACAGUUGCUAAGUCUUGAUAGCAUCUGUAGUCUGAAGGCUGUGAACAACCAGUGUCUGUUAUACCUUUGAACAUACAGACACACAUCCACUCAGAUGCACAUGAUGAUGAUGAGCAUGCUGAGAGAUGCUAUCAGUUGUAAACAGAUCUCUCAACCACAAAUAACAAGACCAAAGGCCAGGGAUGACUGCUCAAAAGCAAGCACAUCUUUGUUCUCGUUCAACAGCCAGAUGCAGAAAAAUAUUCUAAAGAGGAAGAGAGCAAUACUGCAGGUGUUCACAAAGCUGGAAGGGUGACAAACCAGGGGUGAGGAACUAUUGAUCUGUUGCAGAAAGAAGCUGUUAUAGCUGCUGGAGCAGGGUGGGGAAUAGGUAAUGGGUAUCAUCAUUCUCACAGCUAUGAGGAGUUAAGAGGACACUACUGUCAAGUUGAGAUCAUUUGUACUCCUAAUAUUGUCUCUAAAUAACACUUUGCAGCCUGCCUUCAGAUUUUGCUGAGCAUGACCCACAAAUGAAGCUCCACAAAGAGAUGCAGGGAGUCCAGGGUAAAUUGUGCUCAUUAUUUUUCACUAUUAUCAAUACAAGCAUAAUGACACAGUGUUUUGAUACUACAGUCUGAAGUCACAGAGCAACCAGUUACCUUUGAACACUCACUAGCUCUGAGGUGACUACAAGCCAAUAAGCAAGGUUCAGAGCUGCAAUGUAUGUCAAGCUGGGGGGGAUGACUACACCUCUACAGAAGCUACUGCAUUUACCUACAGUAGAAAACAGGAAAAAAUACAACACAGUUAUGACCUGAGCUCCCCAAGAGGCAGAGUCUACUUUCUCUAUGCUUGAACACACGAUUUCAAGACAGACCCAGUUUGGCAGCUCCUCUGCUGCCUGUCCUCAUGCCUUGCAGCCAAGGCUCAAGGUGCAUCACCAGAAAUCAGCCCUUGUGUUUGCAGAGCCCAAAUAGGUGAUGUUUCAGAAAGAGAGACGUUUUUCAGAAAGAGAAGUGUUGAGUUGCAGGUUUAUCACAGAGACAGGGUGUCUCAGACACUAAGUUGUGCAUUUCUUAGAGAGUUUUAGCAUCCCAUUAUCAGGAUGAGAAAGAUGCCCAGGCUCCCAAACUGGCUAGUGCCACUGGCUGCAAUGCUUGACAGCUUUCUGAGUGUGUUUUUUUCUCCCAUACAGGUACCCCAUUUAACCUGGUUCAUGCUGUGGUGAUAAAUGCCUUUGUUGAUAACUCAUGGGGAUUUGCAACUCAAGCUAGACCUCUGAGUUACUGGCACUCCUGGGAUGGAACUUGAGAAGAGCCUGCCCUCUUAUUUACGUUUUGCCUUCUUUGUGUCAGCUUUUAGGAUCAAGAUCCAGUUCUGCAAAAUUACCUGUGAAGUUAUAAUGGAAUUGGUUCAUGACUAGAAUUCCUUUUGUAGGAGCAUAUUGCUCAAACCACUUUAAGUCUCAAAAUCAGCACCAGACCAGUUAAAGUAUCAAAAGCAGUAAGUCCAAAGUGGCACUCUAAAGGACCCUCUAACCUGGUGACGCAAAUUGUCUGCUAUUCCCUUGACACAUCAGCUUACAGGCUGACAUUCCUGUCCUUGAAGGAAUGGGAAAUUUAGGAUUUACAAACAGGCAUUUUUCCUGUCUGUGACAUUUUUCUAAUGGGCCUCUGUCACCACCUGUUACUGCCUUAUUCACAGGCAUUGUAGAGACUUUGCUGUUCACUUCGAGGACUGCUUUGUGUGAGCAGGUCCAUUGGGCUCAAGAAAAAGUUCUCUGCAUCAACUGUCAGUACAUUGAUAGUCAGAUCAAUGUCUGCAGAUCAGAACUUGAAGGUAUGAACACAAGAAUCUUUACUUUAAAACAGCUGGAUGAGGCAAAGCAUAGUGGGGACACUGUCCACCAGUUGAUCAGCAAAAGGCAGAGGAGAGACAGUGCAUGUGUGUUGUGCAGGUAACCAUCAGCCAAAAAUACACUGAAUUUGAAAGAGCUACUAACACUUGAUGAUGUGAUGAGGCUGAGAUCCUUAUGCCUCCCUAAAUGAGUCUUUUUCUUUCCAAUUUUUUUUUUAAAGGAAACAAAAAUACCUUUCAACAAAAAAUUAACCAGCAGACUGAGAGACUGGCUGAUGAAAGGAUUUCUAAAGCAUGCACAGACUUAGACUAAUAGAUCCAGCAAACUAAUGAAUUAUCAUGUAGAUGCACUGAUUACCACUGAUUAAAUUAUGUUACCAAAGAGAACAAUAUCUGAAAAGAGAAAAGGGGUCAAUUUUAUGUAAUAUUUCAGGCCUUUUGCAAGUAACAGCUCUUCCUUGUAGCUCAAAUGUGUGUUCCUUAUCUUUGUCUACUGAGUGAUUAUGAAUACUAAUCUAGCCUAGCAUAACUUCUGAAUAGCAAUGAAGGAAACUAAGCCUUGAAAAGAACACAUAUUUGUGUCAGUCCAGACUUGACAGUAUCAGACAUUGAAAAUAUUUUUUGAACAUAAAAAAUCCUUUUCGCAAAAAUGUUAAUGCUACACUUAUCUGAAAAGGAAGCUUUAUUUUUUUAUAUUUCUUCUAAAUGCUGGACUUCAGCUUGUGGUUCCCUACCCUCUCCUCAUAACAGCUGUAAACACAACAUGCCAAAAAGUAAUUCUACGUAACAGCAACUAAUGUGCUUGUAUUUUUUUUCUGGCCUUUUUAUUUGUCACGCAAUCCAAUAUAUUUUAAGCAAAAACACAUAACUCAAGAAAAAUUCACAUUGUGUGUUUCAUGGCUUCAAAUCUCCUAAACUUAUUAAAGAGCAGUAACUUAGAGACAUGCUCUGAAUUUUUUUUCAUAAUUGAGAAGAAUCAUGUUCUUUCAAAGUCUAGUUCUGACUGAUAAGAUGGGCAGAGUACUACUGAAUAGGCUGCAAGUUUUUGCAAUAGUUCUGGAAAGUUAAUGAGUUUUCAAUUUGUUCUCUUUUUCUUCUAUUUAUGCUUAUGUUUUGGGCCUAUUCCACUAAAAUAAUGAUGAGUAAAAACAUAAAUAUCUAUCUUGGUAUUGAGCUUCUAUGGAAAAUAAUAGGAAGUUUCCAGUAUAUUCACAGGAAGAAAUCUGCUUCAUUGUGGAUUGGUACAACCCCAAUUGUCAAAGGUUGCACAUGAAUGCAUAUACAUAAACACAGAUGGGAAAAAAAA